AGGUAGCGAGCGGCGGCGAGAAGGAAGGAACCGGCCGGCGAGCAGAAAGCGGCGACGAGCGACGAGUGCUUGGCGUACGGUUUGUGUGGUGCGCGCUACCGUCGAGAUAGGCUCGAGAUCGGAGAGUGCACGCGCGAUCGAGCGGAGGCGGCGAUUCUCAGGACGAGGGAGGCACGAGUUUUGAAGUAGAGAAGCACGCGACUGUAGUCCCCAUCCCCCCCAUCCCCCUCCUCCCCUCCGGCCGGACGGUAAAGGGGACGACGACGAGAACGAGAGUUUUGGAGAAACGUAAACGCGUAGCCGUUCAACGACAAUGACGAUGGCAACCGAGACGGAGAACAACGGGCCCGAGAGCAAGGAGAUCAAGGACGUGAAGGAGAUGAAAGAGGCGCUUAAGGACGACGCGCCGCCGGACAACAAGCAGGAAGAGAAGGACGCGGCGGCGAAGAAGGACGAGGCGGCCGGCAAGAAGGACGAUGACGCCGCCGCCGCUGCCGGCGCGGCCACGGCGCCGGCGAAGGCCAGCACCGUGCACCACCCUGACUACGAGAAGGACGUUGUUUAUCUAUAUCAGUUCCCGCGGACGCCGCUGCUCCCGUCCUUAUCCCCGUAUGGUCUCAAGGUGGAGACGUGGUUGCGGUUGAAUGGCAUCAAGUACGAGAAUGUUGACCACAAGAUGAAAUUCCGCUCCAAGAAGGGUCAGCUGCCGUUCGUCGAGCUGAACGGCGAGGAAAUCGCGGAUAGUACCAUUAUCCUGCGAGAGCUGAGCCAGAAAUUUGGCAAGGACUUGGACGCCGGUCUCACGUCCGAGCAACGAAGCGUCUCUCACGCCAUGAUAUCCAUGAUCGAGAAUCACCUAGUCUGGGUUGUCGCGUGCUGGCGCACGAAGAACUUGGAUCAGGUGCUGAAGGGUUACAAGGUCAAUUUGCAACUCGCUCUGGGAUCACGUAUACCGAACGCUAUUCUGAACUUCUUCUUCAAGCUCACGUUCGGACGCAAGUUGGAUUGGUUGCAGGGUGCGAGGAAAGUGAAGGCUCAGGGAAUGGGCGUGCACAGUCCGGAGGAAGUGUCCCAAUUCGGCUGCACCGAUCUUAAGGUGCUCUCAGACACGCUUGCUGACAAGCCCUUCUUCUUUGGGGACGAGCCAACUACCAUGGACGUAGUUGCAUUUGCGCAUCUCGCUCAAAUCCUGUACAUCGACAAGGACACGCCGUACAGUCUGCGAGACUACAUGGUCGAGAACUGUCCCAACUUGGUCGGACAUUGCUCGCGCGUUAAAGAACGAUGUUUCCCGGAUUGGGACGAGAUAUGCUCCAGCCUGGACAUGAACACGCAUCUACCGAAGCCCGAGAAACAGGAGGAGAAGGAGGGCAAAGAGGAGGCGAAGGAGUCUAAAGAAUCCAAGGAGGAGAAAGAGGGUGACAAGGAAAAGGCAGACAAGGAGGAGAAGGAAGUUGAGAAGGACAAGGAAGUUGACGAGAACAAAGAAAAAGAGAAGGACGGCAAAUAAGCGGUCUUUCAUUGUAAAGAGAAGUAAUAAGUCGUUUCAAGGAUUUAAAGGCGAAGAGUCAUGAAGGUGUAUUGGCGAAUGAAUAAAGAUAGAAAGAGAGAGAGAGGGAUAGUUGGUGAUAAAAGUGUGUGUGCGUACGCGCGUGUGUGUGGUUGCGUGAAUGUGAACGAUGACGGAGAUGAGGACGAUGUAGAAAGCACGUAUAGAAUGAUGACGAGGGAAGGGAGUUGCCGGAAGUGAGAGAUUGUGUGUUGAAGAGAAAGGGAGAAAGAAAGAGGGAGAGAAAGAGAGAGAGGGAAAGAAAACGAGUGUGAGUGUGCGUGUGUGUAAGAGAAAGCAAAAAAGAGAGAUAAGAUUUGGAACUAGAGCUCUCUACUUAUACGUAUAGAUAUUAAUAGACUCAUGUAUAAUGUUAAUACUUCGUUUAUAUACGUUCAAUGCGCAUCACGCGUUACUUCACUUGAGACACUCGAAACACACACGACCGGAACGAUUAUUCUCUAAUCCACACGCCCUUUCUCUGCUCUGCUAAGAACAAACGAAAAAAAAACAGGGCUAUCUUAUAAGUCAUUAGAAACGUAGGAUUGCAA